AUGGGGGACACCGUGGGCGAGGCCUCGGCGGCCCGGGCCCAAGGCGCCGGCCCCAGCCUCCUGGUGCUCGGGGGGCCGGGCUCCGGGAAGACGACGCUGCUCUUCGCGGCAGCCCUGGAGGCGGCCGGGGACGGGAGGGGGCCCGUGCUGUUUGUGGCCCGCAGCCCCCUGCAGAGCCUGCCGCCGAUCCCGGGGGGGGCCGCCCGGGACCCGCUCCGGCUGCAGAAAAUCCUCUUCCUGUAUCCCCACUCCUCCAAAGAGCUGCUGCAGCUCAUCGGCUCCAUGCACGAGACCCCCGGCCGCAUCCCCUCCCUCCUCCUCCUGGAUGGGCUGGACGAGUAUUUGACCGAGUGCAACGAACAGCCGCUAGCCGCCCAUCUCACAGCCCUACUCGUCGACACGGCCACCUACUUAUCGGAGAAGCUGGAGCCCGGCCAUUCCUCGGAGGGGGCGGCCACCUCGGGCUGCGGCCUCAUCGUCUCUGUACGGACGUCGGCACUGGAGGAGGAGACCUCCCUCCAGGCGGCCUUGCUCGAGCGCUAUUUCCCCACGAGGUGCUGGCUGGAACCUGAAGAAGUUGGGGCCCAGGAGUCUGAGCAGCUCUCCUUCCGGACCCGGGGCCCCAGGACCGAAAGCGGGAGCGGUGACUAAGAUUCGGGCCCGAUGGCGAAAUGAGGAUUUCCUUAUUCUCCUGACCACAGCCCCGGGAUCUUCCAAGGCUGAUGGAGACGAGCGAGGCCGGCCCGGUGCCUGUUUCAUCUGGGCACGGAGAAGAGAGCAACAUUUUUCAAGAUGCUCUUCCACCCCUGAAAAGCAGAGAGGCGGGGGUCAGGCCUGGGUGGGACAGUUCAGUUUCCAGACUUUUCACCUGCUGUUUUUUUAAAUUUAUUUAUUGUUUAAAAUUGGGACAAAUAAAGGAGAGCUUGGUGAGUGGCAGCUUGUUGGUGAGGAGGGUGGGGGUGGGGGCCCCUCUUAAUUAGUAGGCCUGUCAAGCUAAUGGCACAAGAGCCGGCCUCCCCCAAUACCUUCCACUUCUUUAGACUGUUGAGAGGAAUAACAAAUCAACAGAAGCGUUGUCAAACCUGCCAGCCUAUGGCCCUGGGGAGUUGCAGGAAAGUGUAUUUUAUAGAGGAACCUGGGUUGGAGGUUGGUAAAGAUGCUUGUACUGAACAAUUGGACCUUGUUACCUAGGCACUUACCUGGUUUGAAAAUAAAACUCAAAUGGAAGCAGGCCACCAAGCUAACUGGAAACUUGACAUUCCAUUUCUGAGUCUGGUUAAUAAACUAGGACUGGGGAUGGAGGUGGAGUUAUAUAAUAAUAAUUAUGGUAUUUGUUG